CAGAGCUCCCUGCUUCUGCAUGGGAUUAAAGGCAUGCACAAUAAUGCCCACCCACUUUUUCCCCCUAAAGAAGGAAGCAGGCACAGAGGCCAGUUCUCUUCAGGACGCCAAAGCCCCGAAGGAGGCCAUGACUUUGAUCCCAGAGGCUACUCUAUCUUUGGAGGGGACUGUGAACCUAGAAGACAUUCUCUAUCUGGGGGACUCGGUGGACUUUGAAGAGAGUCUCUAUGUGGAAGAGUCUGAGAAGCCAGAGGAGACACUGUGUAUCAAUGAAUCGAGGCAGCCGGAGGAGGCUCUGGAUCUGGAAGAGCCGGUGAGUUCAGAGGAGCCCUUGUUUGUGGAGGAGCCUGUGAAACCAGAUGAGGUACAGUUGUCCCAGGAGCCUGUAGAGCCAGCUAAGAACCCAAGCCCGGAGCAGACUGCUUUUGAGGGAGAAAUGGUGGCCCCGGAGGAAAGCCUUCCGGCUCCACCGAUUCCCAGCACAGAAGAGGACCUCAGCAUGGAGGACCUGGAGCUGCUGGAGGGCCGUUUCGAGGAGUGUGUACAGGCUGUAUCCCAGUUGGAAGAGGAGAGGGACCAGCUUAUCCAUGAGCUUGUGCUGCUCCGGGAACCAGCCCUGCAGGAGGUGCAACAAAUCCACCAGGACAUCCUGGCUGCCUAUAAACUGCACGCCCAGGCCGAGCUGGAGUGCGAUGGGCUCAGGGAGGAGAUCCGGAUAGUGAAGCAGAAGCUGUUCAAGGUGACCAAGGAAUGCGUGGCCUACCAAUACCAGCUGGAGUGCCGCCAGCAGGAUGUGGCUCAGUUUGUCGAUUGCAAGGAAGCGCUGAGCACUCGGGCAGCCCAGCUCUCAGGAGAACUGACCCAGCUCCGCGACGCCUAUCAGAAACAGAAGGAGCAGUUGCAGCAGCAACUAGAAGCACCCCCAACCCAGAGCGAUGGGCACUUCCUCCAGGAGAGGCGGCGGCUGUCGACACAGUUUGAAAAUCUCAUGGCAGAAAGCCGCCAGGGCCUGGAAGAGGAGUACGAGCCUCAGCUGCUGCGGCUCCUGGAGAGGAAAGAGGCAGGGACCAAAGCGCUACAGGACACCCAGGCCGAGAUCCAAAAGAUGAAGGAGGCCCUGAGACCCCUGCAAGCCGAGGCCCGGCAGCUCCACCUUCAGAACAGGAACCUGGAGGACCAGAUCACACUCGUGAGGCAGAAACGUGAUGAGGAGGUUCAACAGUACAGGGAGCAGCUGGAGGAGAUGGAGGAGAGACAGAGGCAGUUACGAAGCGGCGUGCAGGUCCAGCAACAGAAGAACAAAGAGAUGGAGCAGCUGAGGACCAGCCUCGCUGAAGAGCUCUCAACGUAUAAGGCUAUGCUACCCAAGAGUCUGGAACAGGCUGAUGCAGCUACUUCUCAGGCAGGUGGAGUCGAGGCCCAAUCCCAAGGAACUCUUUAGAAAUGUAUGGCCGGAUAUGUAACCCAGAAACAACAAAGCAUUUGUAUCAAAGCACCACCAGGGAUGGACUUUUCACCAAACAGGAAAGAGUGCCAGCAGUGGGCAAGCAAUUCAUCCUGUGAAAAUUGCCCAGAGAUUUUAGGGUCGGCUGGAAGCAGAAUACCAGUCAACUGGCAUUAUCUGGAUUCUUUCUGUAGGCUGCUAGUACUGAUCGUAACGUACUGUGGGAUGGGAAAUGAGCCUUUUUAUCCUUCAGCAGCACACACAUAACAGAUGUAUCACAUCUGGCAAUAUUGUGAAGAUUAUUUAUUGCUUUGUGCUGACCCAAACCAAGAACAUUCAAGGGGAAAAGUUGGGGUCAAAAGGCAGUCAAUCUUUGCUAUACAGAUCCACUACUUGGGUCCCUUUGAGCUAUGGGCAUUAGAUUUUAAAUAACUCUUUCACAAAGCUAUUUCCCCCUUAAUGUCUGCACUCAAAUAUUUACUCUUAAAACAGAGCCAAGAUUCCUAUUUUUUUUUUUUUUUUUUGACAAAGGACCUCAUAUAUAGCCCUGGCUGGCUGAGAACUCACUUUUCAGACAAUGCUGGCCCUGAACUCACAGAGAUCCGCCUGCCUCUACAGUACUGAGAUUAAAGACAAUGUCAAGUUUGUCUUUUUUGAGACAAGAUUUUCAAGUAGUCUAGGCUGGUUUCUAACUUGUUAUGUAGGUCAGGAUGACCUUGAACUUCUGAUCUUGCCUCUACCCCCAAUUACUAGGAUUACAGGUGUCCGUCACCGAGACACUCCUCUCCACACACACCCAAGGUAUCACCAUGUAGUGAUUUGGCUUUUUUGGAACACAUUACAUAGACGAGGGCCUCAAACUCAGAGAUCCUUAGUGCUGGGGUUAAAGACCUGUGCCAUCACAGCCAGCCCGACAUACACUAAAACGAUGAGAACAGGAACCACUUCGAAAUUGGACCAGACACUCCAUUAUUCAGCUUUCCCCAAAAAACAUCACUGGUUCUGGAGGCGACAGUCAUCUAGACAGUUCAAGCAAAAUCAGUCAUUUUAUCUGGUUUUUGCAUGUGCAAAGGCACUCAUAACCAACCCUUUAAAAGUAGGGGGUCCAGUAAAAACACUGGACAGAUAUAGGGUCUCUAACACAAGCCUCUUUCAAGUUUAAACUCUGCCUUAAAUUCUCUAUUAUACUGCCUUUGACAUCUUAGAAAUUUGUGUAGCUCUUUAGGAAAGACUUCAAAAAUAUGUAAUUUUACCAAGACUAGUUUGUGUACUGUUAAUGCCCUCACUUUCCCUGGCAGGAGUAAAGUCCUUUUUUUAUGCUUCUGGAUCAAUUACAUUUAUUUUAAUCUUGACAGUCAAGACCAUGGAAAACAACUAUCAUCCAAAACAAUUCUUCAGGAAGCCGGAGACUGGUGUUUGAUGGAUAUUGAAAAAAAACUCAGCAGCACAGGACACUUUA